GUGUUGCACAAAUAAGGAAACUGAAUUGGCUUCUGGGAACAAAGAAAGCUAGCUUGCACGUUGGCUAAGCUGUAAUAGAGAAAAUGGAGUUUAAGACGCUGACACUAAUUCUGUUGUUCCUGUGUGCAGGGAAAGGGCUCGGGCAAACUAAUACUAGUAAUAGUACCACUGGUGCUCCAACUACACAAGUACCAACAACUACAAUACCGUCAACCACCGAGACAACUACCACUGUGCCAACUACCAUCGAGCCAGCUGCCACUGAGCCGCCAGCAACCACUGGACCAGCUACCAAUGUUACUGAGCUAGCUACCAAUGUUACUGAGCUAGCAACCACUGGACCAGCUACCACUGUUCCUGAGCCGCCAGCAACCACUGGACCAGCUACCACUGUUAACGUUACUGAGCUAGCUACCAUUGUUACUGAGCUAGCAACCACUGGACCAACUACCACUGUUACUGAGCUAGCUACCACUGUUACUGAGCUAGCUACCACUGUUACUGAGCUAGCUACCACUGUUACUGAGCUAGCUACCACUGGACCAGCUACCACUGUUACUGAGCUAGCAACCACUGGACCAGCUACCACUGUUACUGAGCUAGCAACCACUGGACCAGCUACCACUGAGCCAGCUGGAGGAUCUGGGCGUCCUUCGCAAGAGUUUGUGGUGGCCAUGAGCAUCAUCGGUACCUUCCUUGUCGUCUUCCUUCUCCUUAUUUGCGGCCUCAGCCUGAUCCUCUACAUAAUCUGUAAAAGGCGUGUGUCUCGUCUCAAGGAUGAGGUUGUGUGGGUGGACACUGAACAUUGUGAGCAGUCCUGUAAUGUUGUGCUCACUGAUGUCAAAGAAACACCAGCCACACCCACAUCACCAGUGAAGGAAGGAAAGAACGAGAGCGACGCUGCACUCACUGCCUGCACAUUUGGCUUUGAAGGGGAGAUCGUAAAGAGUGAGGAGAUGAGCAUGAGCAAAUUCAACGAAGAAGUUUGAGUACUAAACAUUCAAAAACUAGACUAUUUAUGUAUUUCCUUGCCAUUAUUUACUCAAUAUACAGAUGUUUAUAUAGAUGUAUACUUCCUGUUUUCAUUGAAACGUUCCCUAUAAA